GUCUGAUUGUGGAGUGCAUGUUGAGCGCGAACAUUGACCAACAAACAAUAUUUGGGCACACUUCACAUCGCGUCUGCACGGUCACAGGUGCAACUUACGUGCUCCCGGCGAUCUCCAUCACAAGUAUUAAACAAACACUCGUGUUUUCCAUGAGGAGGAGCAGCUGCAUCUAUCAGCGGAUUAUUUUUAGUGCUCGAACUAAUAGUGCAAUGCUUUUAUGAAUACAUAAUUGGAACAUUGUGAGUUUAUGACAUAAAAGUAGUUAAGAAACGUGUAGAGACACAUGUUCGAGAAACAUACACGCACAAAUUUAAUUAGCCGUGAUUAGUUAGAUGGAAAGUAGGAACUCUAACUAGACACCAGAAAAAUAAAUCAUCAAAAUAGCUUGUAGCAGCUCAGUACACAUUACAACGUCUACAUUCAUCCCACUUUUGGUAUGUUAACAGGCGAUGAUAUAAUACGAAGCACGACAUUUAAAUUAUGUCUUGUCUUCCUAUUAUCCGCGUCGUUGACAGGAUUUAUUUCAAUAUGUGAACCUCCGUUGAAACCGUAAAUAGCUUCACUUCGACGCUGCCCGAAAAUCCUUAAAGAAAAAUUUUCCAAUAGUUACGAGCGUUUCUCACGAAGCAUCAGGUACCACAUGCAUGAGGCUUGGCCUUGCUAGAUUUUUACAUCAUACCCACGGACACGCUAAAGUGAACCGGAGUUUUGAAACGGUAACUGCACAGUUGCAUUAAUAAGUUAUUGUGUGCGCCUAGUGCCAAAUCCGCCCGUUAAACCAGCGAAAAAUGUCUCCGUUUUCGAACACAAGACGCAAUUAAAGCGAAAUUAUGUAAUUGCCAGACGAUUGUUUCAACGCAGUACAAAUUCCAGUUCCUCGCAUACCAUGGGUAAAUGGGUCUUUGCGAUGACCAGUAUUAUCAUAUUUAAGCUAACUUUAAACUACGACGUAUCGAGGUGGUGCAAGAAACGAACAAACAUGCAAGGGGGAGAAGAGCUUUUGUGUCACAACGCUUCGUAUCUACUCUUCAAAAACCCAAAUCUGUUACAUAAUAAAAUUAACACACUAGCUUGUGAGAACUGCAGUUUGGAUACGCUCGACGGUACCACCUUCAACGUUUCUAAAAACAGUAUCCACUUUUUGUCUCUGACGUCUUCGAAGCUUCGCACGAUUAAAGAAUAUGCCUUCAGUAAAUUCAAAUCGUUGCGAGUGUUAAAUCUGCGUAAUAAUUCGAUCACGGAUUUGGAUCCAAAGAGCUUCACUAAUUUAAAAAGAAUAGCGCAGGUGGAUCUCAGCCAUAACAACGUUCGAAUUCUCAUAAAUAACAUGUUCGAGGAGUUACCAAAUCUGAAUUUGUUGAAUCUCAAUUUUAACACGAUUUAUUAUCUGCAGCCUGACGCUUUUAAAGGACUGUCGAAUCUGAGACAUUUGUCUCUUAACAAUAACCAAAUUGAAAAAUUGGAUGGGUUUAUUUUUAAGCACUUACCCAACCUGUUGUUACUGUAUUUAGAAAAUAACAACAUUCUCGAAAUAGAUUCGUUCGCCUUUGCGAAUUUAGGCAGUCUUAACUCGCUCUAUUUGAAUAAUAACCAGAUCCGUUUUCUUACACAGUACAAUUUUAAACCUUUGACCAACUUGGCUGAUUUGCAACUGAGGGGUAACAGUCUCACCGAGAUCCAAAUCAGCGCUUUUAACGGUUUGACGAGACUAAAACAUUUAUAUUUGGGCAACAAUCGCCUAAGAACCGUAAAACGUUACGGUUUCAUCGGUUUGGACAGUCUCCGAAACUUGGAAUUGAUGGACAACGACUUCGAAUUGUUCGAUUUGAGUUACGUCGAGAGUCUGAAAAAUUUAAAUAUGCUCUGGUUGCAACAAAACCGUAUCUCGAAUCUGAGCAUCGAUUUUAAACAGGAUCCUUUGGAUUCUUUGAAUAGUUUAGGACUGAGCGACAAUAAUUUCACCGUGGUUAAUUUCAAGCUCCUCUACGAAAAAAUACCCAACAUCAAAGACAUUUUCAUUUACAAUAAUACUUGGAAGUGUGAACUGCUGGUGAAUAUGUUUGAGUUUUUCCAAGAGAAGAACGUUAGUGUGUGCGCGAGCGUUGAUUGUAAUGUAAAUAAAACAAGACAGCUGGUGGAAGAAUCCUGUGUCUCUGAAGAAUACGAAGAUAAAGAAGAUAUUGACACGGAUGUCGUAACGGGUGGAGUGGGGACUGGUUUUAGGAUAAGCGUGAUUAUAGUUUUUUUCAAUUUGCUUUUUGUGUAAUUGUGUGAAGUUAGAUCUCACCUACCUCAUGUAUCUAGAGCUUUAUUUGUAAAUAAAUCGUUGUCAUAUUUG